UCUCUAUCUAUCUAUCUCUCUCUGUUUUGCUCUUGCUUCUUCGCCUUGUCCAGUGUGCAUCUCGAUGAUCAUCAAUUAUCGAUCUUGAAUUCAUCUGGUUCUCCAUUUCCACCCCCUUCUUCUCUAUAUUCAAUGGGCUGCACAGUUGGAGAAAAGCAUAUCCGAGCCAAUCGGAAAACUCGAUCAUUGAUCAGAACGGAUGUCGGAAACAACAACAACAACGCCGACAACAAACCAUCGGUUCCUUCCGCCAGUUUGGAAUCGGGUAUCGGAUCAGUUAAUUAUCAAUUUGCUGCUGAUGGAUCGGUUGAGGAUACAGAUGUAAGUACAAAUUUUGAUUUAGUGGAUGAAACUGGCUGGGAAUAUUUUUCUGAAGGACAGUUGGAGGAAAUCUUGUUGACAAAUUUAAAGUUUUUAUAUAAAGAAGCUUUGUCGAAGCUUAUUGGGUUGGGUUAUGAUGAGAGUGUUGCUCUAAAGGCUAUUUUGAUGAGAGGACAUAGCUAUGGACAAAGUGAUGUUUUGACUAAUAUUCUUCAUAACUCAUUAAGCUAUUUAAAUGGAAGUAUGUCCAUGGUUUCUGAUGAUAGUUCACCUUAUUUUACUGAUUUAAGGCAGUUGGAGGAGUACUCUCUUGCUGCAUUAGUUUGCUUUUUGCAAAGAGUUAAGCCUAAUCUGAGUAAAGGGGAUGCAAUGUGGUGUCUUCUAGAGAGUAACCUUCAUUUGGCACGAGCUAGUGCUAUGGAUUUUCCUGGUAUUCCAACAUCUGCCAACAAUGGACCCAGCAAUCCUGCUCCCAGCAAUAAUACAGUGGGUAUGAGUACCGGCCCUGCUGAGUUUUCCCCAGAUUUAUGUAGGUUUCAUGGAGGAUGGGGAUUUGGAAAUGGUGGUACUUCUGAGUUUCCUUCUAAUGGAUAUAGCUCUUCUUAUGCAUCAGAAGGGGGGACUAUGCAGAAAGAGAUUGAAUGUCCAAAGAGAUAUAACCUAACGCCUUCAAUGAAAUCCUUGUUGAAAAGGAAUGUUGCAUUGUUUGCUGCUGGUUUUAGGGCUAAUUCGAGACAGUCACAGGUUUCCCCAAGCACUCUAGCAGCUAUGGACAACCCUGGAACCCUGAAUGUCCAUAAAAAGGAGGAGGAGCAUCAAGUUUCAAGUAGCCAGGAUGUUGUAACAGCAGUAUUGAGUAAGUUUCGUGAACUUAAUCUCGACGAGGGUACCGAUAGUGUGUCAGAAGAUCAAAAGGAUGAAGUGAUAUUAAAUUUGAUUAGUCAGAUUAAGGAUCUUGAGAAACAGGUGAAGGAGAGGAAGGAGUGGGCUCAACAGAAAGCUAUGCAGGCUGCAAGAAAGCUGAGCAAUGAUCUUACAGAACUGAAAAUGUUAAGAAUGGAAAGGGAAGACAUCCUACGAAUGAAGAAAGGGAAGCUACCACUUGAUGACACUACGAUGAAGCGUUUCUCCGACAUGGAGACUGCUCUGAGAAAGGCAAGUGGUCAAGUGGAUCGAGCAAAUGCUGCUGUUCGAAGGCUUGAAGUUGAGAAUGCGGAAAUUAGAGCAGAGAUAGAAGCAUCUAAGUUAAGCGCGUCUGAGUCAGUUAAUGCAUCUAUGGAAGUUGCAAAGCGUGAGAAGAAGUCUCUUAAGAAGCUUUCUGCCUGGGAAAAGCAGAAAACUAAGUUACAGGAGGAAAUUGCAGCUGAGAAGCAGAAGAUAUCCGAGUCCCAGAAACAGUUGGUUCAGAUCGAGGCUGCUCAAAAGGAGGCUGAGGAGAGGUUGAGGAAGGAAGUGAAAGCUAAAGAGUAUGCAGAAGUGAAAGUUGAGGAAGAAAGGCGGCUUAAGGAAGAAACAGAGGCAAGUAACAAAAGGAAGCUUGAAUCAUUGCGUUUGAAGAUCGAAAUAGACUUCCAUCGUCACAAGGACGAUAUCCAAAGGCUCGAACAGGAAUUGUGUAAUCUGAAAGCAUCUUCAAAUAACAACAAUAAUGCAGCAGCAGCAACUUAUCUUCAGAACAAUAAUAGUAAUAUCAAAUCAAACAAAGGAGAAGGAGGAAAGAAGAUGACACAAGAAGAAUCAAUUGCAAAGAUGCUUAAUGACCUGGAUGAAGAAGUAGUAGCAAUUGACAGGAAAUGCUUGAUCUGUACUAAAGAGGAAGUUUCGGUUGUCUUUCUUCCAUGUGCUCAUCAGGUUCUUUGUUCGAGAUGCAACGAUGAUCAUGGGAAGAAGAAGGGGAAAACUACUUGUCCUUGCUGCAGGGCUCCGAUUGAACAGAGGAUUCGGGUUUAUGGAACAUCUUCGUAAGUGAAUUUGAAAUUUCAUUUUACAUACUCCAUCUCAAAACUUCUUUUUUUGGUUUUUUUGAAAAAAAAAAAGUGAAUGUUUUUUAUUACAAAUACAACUGUGUUAAAAAGAUUGGAAAAUAAUAAACUUUUUUGGUACAAUUGGAUAUUAAUACUGUUUAUGGAUGAUGGUAAGACUUGAAAGGAUUUUUUAUUUUAUUUUUA